AUGUUUUUUGGCCAAAUUCUUGAGAAUUUCGCCACACAUAACUCCUAUAAGUUCAAAUGUAUGUUUACUUCUCCACAUUAGGACCUGACUAACUCUAUUUUUAGUGCUUCCAACGAUAGCUCACUGGGAUGCUCAGAGAAAACCGUCGUGGUUGCAUUUAUUUAUAUGUAGAGAUUCUUUGAUUCAAUGAAUGAACAUUUUAAAACUUCAGAAUUGUAUAGUUCUGAAAUGAGAUAUGCACAGAGUCACCAAAACACUUAUUUCUUACUCGGAACAUGCAUAGUCCUAGCAGUUAAAUAUAACGAAGAGACAUGCCACUUCAAUGAAAAAGGGGAUAGAUUUUUCUACGACUAGGAAUUUUCAAUGGCGGUCUGUAUCCCAAAGUCAAUCUUGAACCGAUAUCAGCUUCACUUCUUGGAGGUAGUUGACCACAAUCUGUUUGUAUCUGAGGAGGUGUACAAUGAAUAUGUUAAACUCUUCAUCGAUGCUGCGAAGACUCUCAAACAGCAAAAGGCUACUACUCAACCUGCUCCUCCUCAAGUUAGUCAAACUACUAUUCCUACUACCACUAAUUAGCAACCAUCAAACCUUAGACAGAAUGAUGAUGUAAACAACAACUAAAACGAGGAAUCAAAAGUGAAUGAUGCUGUUACAUCUAAGAGAUUUGAAGAGGCCAUUUCAAACAAAGACACUACCUUGACUUCCAGAUCGUCAGAUCUAUCCUAGUCGACAAGCCAAUCAGUGACAUCCACCAUUUAUAUGAGAGUUAAGGCCGCCGAGUCACCUCCAGCGAAGGAAACAUACACGACGCGGAGUCCCGAAGGUUCUCAAGUCCAAACAAAGAAACCAGCGCUUAUUUCGGAGCAAAGUAAGAAGAUCAAGAAGGACAAGAAGUCCCGCGUUGGUACGAAGGAUAACAAAUCAGGAAUCAUGAUGCAGACUUUUGAGCACGACGAAAACAACGAUCAAAAUAUCUGCCAACAAGAUAUUUCUGAGCAGAGUAAACUGCCUAAUAAAUUCGGAGCACACUCGACUGCCAGCAACAGAGAUUCCUAGAUAACCGAAAUCACUAAUCAAAGAGGCAAAAAUCAUUCAAGCUUCAGCAACCAAUUCAGAUGUCAAGAGAGUUUCGCUAAGAGUUCAAGUUUCUCAACAGUCAGCACAGACAGGUACUCUUACGACAACAUGAUGAUGGGCGAGAACACUAUGGAUAUGGACACUCCAUUUGAAGUUUCUCAAGGUAUCAAGCAACUUUCAAUCGAUUGCAAGGAAAUGAAAUGCCCCAUCAGUAACGGAAAUAGCACUCAGAAGUCAAAUGCUCUCCAUAGAAAAGCCAGUUCCAGUCAGCAGCAGUACUCAGUCUAUGAAGAUGAAUUCGGAUGUAAUGAAAAUGACAGCAAUUGUGAUCAGCCCUGA